AUGGCCUCCGCGUGGUGCUGGAGCUGCCUCUCCCGACUUCGUCCAACACCAAGAGCCAUCCUUCCUUCUCCGUCGGCCGGAACCCGCAUUACGAGCGCCCCCUUCCACUCAACUGCGACUCAAUAUGCUCAGCCUGUCAAAAAGAAGGCUAACAGCCUGACGCAGGUGAAGUAUCGACAGGGUCAGACUUUGCGAAGGAAGAAGAAGAAGACUGUUGAGCGUUCUCGUCCCCCGGCUGUUGGGGAGCGCAAGGCGAUGCGGAAACGUAUUGUUCUCAGUAAUCCUAAUGCAUUGGAGGUUGAGGGGAUGCAGGAUCUUUCUGCUGAGACUAUGAUUGAUGCUCGUUUGAGGGGUUCUGUGCUGGGUUUGCCUGUGCCUAUGCUGGACCAGUUGAGAGCUGUGCAGGCUUUCCAGCCCAAGCAGGGUUGGUCUUUGUUUCGUCGUCCGGGUACUAUUUUGCGGAGAGAUGCGGUUGAGAUGGGUCGUCUCUUUGCUAAGAUUUCGGGUUCUGGUGAGGAGGCUGAGAAGGGUCAGGUUGUUAAGAGGGUUGUUACUGGGUUGAAGGGAUCUGGUAAGACUGUGCACUUGCUUCAGGCUAUGGCUAUGGGCUUUCUGAAGAAUUGGGUUGUUAUCACUGUUCCUGAUGCUCGGGAACUUGUUUCUGGUGAUACUGGCUACACUCCGAUUGAGGGUUCCAAGCCAACUCAGUACGUUCAGCCCAACGCUACCUCCGCCUUGCUGAACCGCACCGUCGAGGCCAAUCGCGAGGUUCUGGCCACUCUCCGUGUCUCCCAGGAGCAUUCCGCUCUGAAGGGUCUGAAGCCCAACUCGACCCUGGAGGACUUGGCUAAGCUUGGUUUCUCAGACGCCGCGCUGUCCUGGCCCGUCUUCCAAGCUCUGUGGACCGAACUCACAGCCACUGCUCCUGCUCCUGGCCUGGAGAAGAACUUCCAGACUCGUCCCCCGAUGGUCGUGACUGUUGAUGGUCUUGCGCACUGGAUGGGCGAAAGUGCCUACCGCGCUUCUGACUACACCCCCGUCCAUGCGCACGACCUUGUCUUCGUCAAGCACUUCCUCUCUCUCUUGGAGCCUGGUUCCUCUCUCAAGAACGGCGGGGUGGUUCUGUACGCUACCUCUACAUCCAACAGCCCCUCCAGCUACAGCUUUGAGGUCGCUUUGGACCAGAUCACUGCCCGUCAAGAGGGCGUUGAGGUCUCCUCCCCUGAAUACCCCCAGCCGGAGCCAUAUAGUAAGGCUGAUACCCGCGUUCUGGACGUAUUCAAGCCCCAGAAGCCUUCUGGCAAGGAGGGUGCUCUUGAGCUGCAGAAGCUGGGUGGUCUGACCCGCGAAGAGACUCGCGGUUUUCUCGAAUACUUCGCUCGCAGCGGCCUGCUGCGUGAGGACGUUAACGAGAAAUGGGUUAGUGACAAGUGGAGCUUGUCUGGCGGUGGAAUCAUUGGCGAGCUGGAGAAGGCGGGUCGUCAUCUCCGUGCUCCUGCUGAGCGUAUCCCUACCGCAGAGGCAUAG